AUGAACGCCCCAGAUAAAUUCGAACUAUUCUUACUAGGUGAAGGUGAAUCAAAACUAAACAUCGAACCUGAUACUAAAGCUCCAAACGCUGUAGUAAUAACAUUCGAAAAAGAAGACCAUACCCUAGGUAACCUGAUCAGAUCCGAAUUGCUAAACGAUUCAAAAGUUUUAUUCGCAGCUUACAAAGUAGAACAUCCUCUAUUCGCAAGAUUUAAACUGAGAAUCCAAACUGUAGAAAAUUACGACCCAAAAGAUGCUCUCAAAAACGCUUGCAAUAACAUCAUCAAUAAAUUAGGCAUAUUGAAAACAAAUUUCGAAACCGAAUGGAACUUACAAACUCUAGCAUCUGAUGAAAAUUUUUAA